AUGAAGGACAUUUUGAGUCAUAAGAAUGAUUGGAGAGAGACAGAAAUAGUCUUCCUCACUGAAGAGUGCAGUGCAAUAAUUCAAAACAGCUUACCAGAGAAGGUUAAGGACCUUGGAAGCUUUAUGAUACUAUGCACUCUAUGUAAUGCUUGUACAAGGACAGCUCUAUGUGACCUUGGAGCAAGCAUCAAACUAAUACCUGCUUCAUUAAUAAAGAAGCUUUGCUUGACUGAGAAAGUCAAACCAACCUGCAUAUGCCUUCAACUUGCUGAUGGUUCUAUUAAGAUACCAUCAGGAGUAAUCAAAGACAUGAUUGUCAGGGUUGGACCCUUUGCUUUUCCCACUGACUUUGUGGUGUUGGACAUGGAAGGGCACAAGAGUGCAUCCCUGAUUCUAGGGAGACUCUUCCUAGUUACAGGACGAAUCCUCAUUGAUGUUGAAAAAGGGGAAGUAACCCUUAGAGUUAAUGAGGAAAAGUUCAUAUUGAAUGUUGUAAAAGCCAUGCAGCAUCAAGACACCCCAGAGGAAUGCAUGAGCAUUGACGUCGUUGAUUCCCUAGUGGAAGAAGUAAACAUGGCUGAGAGUUUCAAGGAAGGGCUGAAUGACAUCCUUACUGAUGAACAGCCUGACUUAGAGGAUCCUUUGGAAAUUCCUAAGGAAAAGGAGAAAUAA